AAAGUGUUCCGCCCCCACUUUGUUUUGACACUCGUGAUAACGUAGUUUGCUGGCAAAUUGUGCGUAAACACCGCGUAUUAUUUUUAUGAAAAAUGCGUGCACUUAAAUAAUUCAUCUAUUUUUAAAUGUGAACCAAACGUGCUGCAAAAUGAGCGAGAAUAAUGUGGCGUCGAAGAAAGAAAUAGGCCAGGGCGAUAGUGUCAACCCUGCACCCCAGCCAGCACCCACCAAGGCCUGGGUGCAGUUCGAUGAGGAUGGAAAUGGCAAUAGUAAAGAUACACCAGCUGUGAUAGCGACUGAAAGCGUUCAAGUCAGCUUGGAAAGGAGCAUAAGCAAGCCCGCGGAAAAUAAUGUCGCGGUUUUGGACCCCAAACCCUUGAGAAAUGUGGAGUUACCAGUUGCUACAGUUGAACCUAUUCGACAAGGAUUCUCUAAUGGUGAUAUUAUUGUAACACUUUUGCCUGUAAAUACUCGUUUUCCAUGGGUAACACCAGCUCAAUUCCGUCCAGAACUAGUGCCUGAAGAGCUAAUGGCCCAAGGACUGACUCUAACUGUGGAAGAGUAUGUCCAGGCCAUGGAGCUCUUAGUCAAUGACUACCGAUUCACACUAUACAACGUGUGUUACAAGCGCGUGCUCGUCGUUUGGAUCAUCCUUGCAUUUUCCGUACUAUUCGGUUUAUUAUUCUCGGGUUUAUCUGGUCUUACACUCUUCGGGUUAGGUAUCGGUUGGUUAGUUUUAAACGCGGCUGCAAUUUUCUUCUCAAUGUGGAUAAAGUAUAAACUAUCCCGCAACUUGGAACGAUGUCUGGCUCAUGUGAAUAAACAGUUACUCAGACACAAAAUUGUGAUAGCACUCGACGAUAGAGGAAAAAUUUCGUGUCACAAAGUCAAUCUUUGCUUCCUGUACAUGGACUCAGCUCCGUGCAUAGCACACUUGCAAACGAGCAUCGAUCAACAGGAGAGAGAUCCGGCGAAUGGAUGGGAGCAGAGGAUGGACAUCACAGCCCAUGACAUUGUUAUUCAAGGAAGUCGAACGACGAGGCUAUCCAGGAAACAGGACCGGGCUGAGCAGUUGUUCUUGCGCUAUUUGCAAAGGUGGGGAAAAGAUUUUCUCAGGAGACGUUUAGAUUGGACCGUGGACGAAAUGUUGGGGAAUCCGUCCAAUCCUCUCCACAUAAAUUCGUCGCUUUGCCCUUGCCAGUACGUCGAGGAGAUACUGGCAAAUAAACCGCCGAGAUCUGACAGAGAUUGCUGUCCGAUUUGGUCGCGAUUUUUGGCCAGACGGGGCAUCGAUUAAGUAAUUUUACGAAUCUUAUGCACUUUUGUUUUUGUUAUUGUACUUUUUUAACACACGGGUUUUUCAUUUGGAGGGUUGAGGAAAAUUAACACUGCCAAAUUCGAAUAUCACACAAACAUUCCAGUUGUUAAACCGUUACCGGAAAUGUUUCUUUUCAGGAGAGGGCGACAUUGUUAUAUUUGCGAUAUGCAUCUCGUUGGGGGCGUAAUGUAGUGCGUGGAUUAUUAGUAAGUCCACCGGCCUCAGGGGGCCGGCAUUGUCCUUCACUUACAUGUCCCUGUCAAUUUAUUGAAGAGCAUCUGCACUGUAAACCGUCAGGCAAGUUAACAGUCAAGUCAUUUUUUAGCAUCCCUGACCAACCCUAUGACAGCAAAUGUUGUAUUCAAUGACCAGCUUUUCAAUUGAGGACUGCAUUUGAUACAACUUUGUACAAAAUAUUUUAUUUUAACACCGAAACAUCAUUACUUACAGAGGGCAUUAUAAUCUUCCUUCGAUUACUUUACUUCUCUCUUUAAUAUUAGUGGCUCAAUAACUGUGGGUGGGGUCCUACUUAACCAUUUCUCCAUUUGUUGAAACUUACUAAUUACCCUGAGGCUGGUAUUUUCGGUUUAGUUUCAAAAAUGUGUAAUUAUGCGCUUUUAUUGAUUUGCCAUUCAAAAUCUAGUGGAGGUGGGGAACAAAAUCAUUCAUCUCAAAGAAAAAGUAAUGAUUUGGUUCCUGACCCAGAAACAAACAUGCACAAAAAGUCUUACUAUAAUGAUAGAAAUUUCUAUUAUGUACUUAAAAAUCACAUAAAUGCUAUUGUAAAGAGUUUAUAUUUUAUAUAUUUACCAAUAUUAGAGACUGUUACAUUAUAGAUUUUUAAAACUGUUACUUAUGUACUUUAUGCUAGUUUUAGAACCGCAUAGAAAUACAUUCCGUCCAAGAUGAUCUGUGUUUACAUAUUUUUAAAAAUAAAACAAUCAUGUUUCA